ACCCCUCGGAUAAAGACGUAGAAAUGGCUUCACCAGAGCUGACCCAUCGUGGACAUCGCAGAAAGACUGGGACAUUGAAGCGCAGGCUCAAGUUUGUACUCUAUGCAAAACAAAACAAGACUCUGAAGAGGAUGAGAGCGAAGGUUGCGGGGAUGAGGAGGGAGAUGAAUCGCGUGAGAAUGGAAACAGCUGAUAACGUAGCUGCAAUGGAGGAAAUGAGAAUGGAGCUGGAUUACCAGUUUGACGUCAUGCUUCUGGUCUCGGUAGUAGACAGCCUCAGCAGCAUCAUACUUCAGCUUUAGUCAGCUGAGAAUAUAUAUCGAACUUGAAGAGCUGGUAGUUAAACCAGUUUACUUUGCUUAAUAAAUGCUGGUGUGUUAUGUAUUUUACUUAUAUAUAUCUAGCAUGUGGGAUAAGAAAAAUAAGUUAAGGGCUUGCUCUUAUAAAUAACUUGUGUGUCUGUGAGUGUCGAGGCCUUUUAUAAAGGUUAAGCUUGGAUUUCUACGUGUACUAUAUAAAUAAAAUGAGUUUUUUUAC